AUCUCUGUCACACCUGUUGCAUUUUUCGGCCACACGGGGGCGCUGUCGACUGCGUGAAAACUUGUGCAGGGAAAUUUGUGACAGGUCAGUACUUCUUUUACUUUGCAACUCAAAUGCAUCUUUAGUCGCGAUUUCCAUAGCCACAGCAAUUUCAACAGCCUUUGCAAACGUGAGCUCUGAUUCUGUGAGCAAACGUUUUUGAAUGUGUUCAUGUUUCAGUCCACAAACAAAUCUAUCCCUUAAUGUGUCAUUUAGGUUCUCUCCCAACUGGCAAUGUUCCGACAGUUUCUUCAACACUGCUACAUAUGUACUAACCCCCUCCCCCUCAUUCUGAUCUCUCUUGUGGAAACGAAAACGUUCCGCGAUGAGGAGUGGUUUAGGUGAUAGGUGAUUUUGCAAUAUCUCCACAAUCUCUGUGAAUGUUUUAUUUGAGGGCUUCAGAGGGGCAGUCAGAUCUCUUAGCAAACUGUAUGGUUUUGGGCCAAUUAAACUCAACAACGCUGGUACUCUUUUGUUAUCAGCAAUGUCGUUUGCAAUGAAGUACUGUUCCAGUCGUUCAAUAGAUGGUCAAGCCCAUGCUCAGAACUGAGGUCCAGGCCAAAGCCAUGAUCAGAACCAAUGUCAAGACCAAAGGAGAAAGAGGAGGACACAAGUCGAGCAUAAAGAAGAAUGAAAAACCACCAACCCCACUAAUACCACCAACUCAGCUGGUGAGUUACGAGGGCUGGGCUCAGAAUCCAGACAGGCCCAACAGCCGGCAGAGAGACCUGAUUGUCCAUGACAACGGGGAAGUGGCCAGGCCCAGAAUGCCAAUCAAAAGGAGUCAAAAGCCUGGGAGUCCAAAGCCUGGGAGUCAAAAGCCUGGGAGUCCAAAGCCUUGGAGACAAAAGCCUGGGAGUCAAAAGCCUGGGAGUCCAAAGCCUGGGAGUCAAAAGCCUGGGAGUCCAAAGCCUGGGAGUCAAAAGCCUGGGAGUCAAAAGCCUUGGAGUCCAAAGCCUGGGAGUCAAAAGCCUGGGAGUCCAAAGCCUUGGAGUCCAAAGCAUGGGAGUCAAAAGCCUGGGAGUCCAAAGCCUGGGAGUCAAAAGCCUGGGAAUCAGAAGACUUGUAAGAAAGGGAGUACAAAAAAUGGAAAAGAAUGGGCCAAGAAAAAUCAGGACACCACACGAAGUAAGGAACUCAGAAAAUCUACCACAGACCACGACACUUAUGCAGGGCCCAUCCCAGUGAUGGCAGGACCGUAUCUGGAUGUGGUCCGGAGGUCAGCUGCUGAUUGUGAGUCUGUACUACCAUCAGCCCAGGAGAAUGCUACCCUAGCCCCGGGUGCCAUGGAGCUGAGGACCGGGCCUGGAGGCCCUGGAGCUCAUCCUAGGAACCAUUGCUGGAGUAACCCAGCUGAGAACGUUCAGGCCUGUGGGACAUCCUACCACAUCUGCCGCAGGCCCCUCACAGACUACCCCGUUUAUGCCCAUGACUACACCCUGCCCCGGGCCAAGGACAAACACCAGGAUCUGUACCAAGAUGAGAGCCUGAAACAAGACCCCUCGCCCCAGGGUGUCUCUCUCUCUGUUACUGAUGUGGACCUCUGCAACCCCAAUGUGAGUUAAUGGCAAAAAACGACAACAUAGCCAUCUGUUAAAGUAGAUUAUAGUAGAUUAUAUAGUAUAUCUGUAAUAGACUGGGCAUUUUGUGGACAUUUUUGUUCCAAUCUAUUCCCUACUUCAAAUGCCUUGGAACGAACCAAUCAUUACAUUCCAUUGAAAUAGAUGAUUUGGGUUUAUUUUAACCCAUAGUAAGUGACUGCUAUAAAAACUAUGGUUUGGUAAACAAACACUAGGAAAGAGGAUGGGCUCACAUGCACUCAUUGAAAUAUUUCUAUACGUGCAGUAUAGUGUAUCAAUCGGACAUUCAGUGAGCACAUGCUCUGGGUGCUUUGUGUGAGACAAAGCUGUUGUUUGGACUUUACGUGACAUUGGGGCAGAUUAUUUCAGAUUACUCCAGUGUUGUGAUUGCGUAGGCUCCUAUAUAUAUAUUUUUUCUUUGGUUCCUGGAGAGGGAUCAACACCUAUUGGUUACAGGCCAUUGAAGACAAAACUAGGGGAAAGGAGUGGCUAGUGUUUGUACAAAUGUUUAUCUUUAGAAAGCUGUAAUAUGGCUAUUUAAGAUGUUUCUUUCUAAUAAACAGGGUUAUAAAAUAUAAAAUAGGACCAUGUCUAAAAAUAUAGGAUUAUACUGUAUCUGUCAACAGCAUCAAAUGGAAAAAGAAACAUUCCUAAUGUCACAGUAGAAGUGUUUAGGGUGUUCCAUUCUAAAUCAACAUUAGUGUGUAUACUGUAGAUACAUUUCCACUGCAUGCUACCCUAUAGUAACUUCAUGUACAGUCGUGGUCAAACUUUUUGAGAAUGACACAACUAUACAUUUUGACAAAGUCUGCUGCCUCAGUUUGUAUGAUGGCAAUUUGCAUAUACUCCAGAAUGUUAUGAAGAGUGAUCAGAUGAAUUGCAAUUAAUUACAAAGUCCCUCUUUGCCAUGCAAAUUAACGUAAUCCCCCAAAAACAUUUCCACUGCAUUUCAGCCUUGCAACAAAAGGACCAGCUGACAUCAUGUCAGUGAUUCUCUCGUUAACACAGGUGUGAGUGUUGACGAGGACAAGGCUGGAGAUCCCUCUGUCAUGCUGAUUGAGUUCGAAUAACAGACUAGAAGCUUCAAAAGGAGGGUGGUGCUUGGAAUCAUUGUUCUUCCUCUGUCAAACAUGGUUACCUGCAAGGAAACACAUACCGUCAUCAUUGCUUUGCACAAAAAGGGCUUCACAGGCAAGGUGCCAGUAAGAUUGCUGCCAGUAAGA